CAGAAGCGGCUACCAGGACGUACUAUCUUGGAAUUGUGGAGGAGAACUGGGACUAUGCACCGAGCGGCGAGAAUCUGAUCACAGGACAAAAUCUGACAGAGGAUGAAGAAGCAAUUGUCUAUGUGAGAAGAGGCCCCAACAGGAUAGGUCGGGUUUACAAGAAAGCAAUUUUCAAACAAUUCACAGAUGACACGUACUCCCAGGAGAUCCCCAAACCAUCUUGGCUGGGUUUUCUAGGUCCAGUUCUGAGAGCCGAAGAAAGAGAUACUUUUAUUAUUCAUUUGAAGAACUUUGCUUCCCGGCCUUAUUCUGUACAUCCACACGGAGUCUUCUACGAGAAAGAUUCUGAAGGAGCCCUCUACCGAGAUGGAACAGGUGGCAAAAGCAAGGCUGAUGAUUUUGUUCUCCCUGGUUCCAAUUAUACAUAUACAUGGCUGGUUACAGAUGAGUUUUCACCUACACCAGCAGAUCCACGGUGCCUGACUUGGAUUUACCAUUCGCAUAUCGACACGCCAAAAGAUAUCAGCACUGGGUUAAUUGGGCCGCUGGUGGUUUGUCGGAAAGGAACAUUAGAUGAUGCUUCAGCGCCAGCGGCCAGUGCCACAAAGAGCUUCGCUCUGAUGUUCAGCAUCGUAGAUGAAAAUCUCAGCUGGUACCUGGAUGAAAAUAUAAAUACCUUCUGCUUGGAACCCAGCACUGUGGAUAAAGAGGAUGAAGAUUUCCAACUGAGCAAUAAGAUGCACGCAAUUAACGGGUAUGUUUUUGGAAACCUCCCUGGCCUGGAGAUGUGCGCUGGUGAAUUGGUGUCCUGGCAUUUGUUUGGGAUGGGGACCGAGAUCGACGUUCACUCUGCACAGUUCUUCGGCCAUACUUUGCUUAGCAGAGGCCACAGGAUGGAUGUCAUCAGCCUCUUUCCGGCCACUUUUGUGACGGCAGAAAUGAUGGCAGAGAAUGCUGGGAAGUGGCUUUUGACCUGCCAAGUCGAUCAUCACAUACAAGGUAUCUAUGCACCAUUCGAGAAAGGUCAAUAGACAUUGCAGUUGGGCCAGAACAACUACUACUGCUAGUAAUAUUUUAUAUACAGUGGUACCUCGGGUUAAGUACU